AUGGCCCGAGGGAGAAAAAAGGCGGCUCCGAAGAAGGCUGCACAGAAAGCCACUACGGAGGUUGAUGUCACAGGGACUAAUGAGGCGCCGCCUCCUGGUGCCCAUUCAGGUAUAAAGCUGAAGCUGCGCUUUGGACGCGGAAAUAACAGCAAGACUGAUACAGCAUCAGGUACAGCGAAUGGACCGCCAAGCACCCAGGCGAAUCCCACCAGCAGCGAAUUGAGUGCACUCCGCAGAUCCCGAAGGAAUGGUGAUAACAACCGAGAAGGGGAAGGAGAAGAAGAAGAUCGCGAAGCUGAACAGGAGGACGUCGAACCGGAGCAUGACAGAGAUGCCAGCCCAACAACAUCUGAAGGACCCGAAUUUCAAUUGCUCUCGACAGUCCGAGCGAUAGACUUGAGCGCCUCACGACGGACCCGCAACACACCUCUGGGCUUCACCAACCCGGGAAAUAUGUGUUAUCGAAACGCGCUGCUGAUCACCCUGUUCCACAGUGAUAGGAUUUUGCAGUGGCUAGAACAUCGCUAUCUGCAAGCACUCAGGGCCACUGGCUUGAAUCUAACGAAAUAUCAAUCUUGGAGACAACCUAAAGUGAGCUCCUGGCAACGUGCCGAGCCUUGGAAUAGCACUGCAAAGCGAGUAUCUGAUGUGCAAUACACAGAUGUAUUCUGUGAAUUGCUCUAUCUUUCACGAAGAUACUGGGGCGACUAUAAUCAAGUAGUCAUGGAUGAGGAAAUGCUUUCUUUUUGGCGUUUCAUACGGCAACAAUGUGAAAGAUACAGACUGCUGGGUUGUCCACAGUGGCUAUCUUGGGAGGACCAAGAAGAUUCCUCUGAACUCCUUACUUUCAUUAUAAACCUGGCAAACUUUCAGCGCGAGAGGCUUCUCAACGGAACAAUGUGUCCGAAUCUUAUGGAAGAGGAACAGGCAAAGCUCUACCAUCUUCAAGAUCUGGAUAUUUCCAACAUCAUUAGCUUCACGAAAACAAAACGUGUGAAUUGUAUUUAUUGCACAUCGACUGGUAACACGAAGCGACGAAUUGCGGGGACUGAUGAGGAACCCAUCUGGUCAGUUCCUGUUUUGUUGCCUAUUCAACCUGGGCCAAGGAAUAAAUUCGAACCAGAAGUUGAGUUGAUGGAGUGUUUGCGUCGAACCCUGAAAUCGGAGUUUGAUGAGACCACGUGCGAUGCCUGCAGGGGAAAAGACCAAUCCAUCCAGGAUACAUUCACCCAGGAAAAGGAUAAGAUCAACGAUGAUGACACUCUAAACCAAACCCAGAAAACUUCUGGCCUGAAAAAAGCUAGGACUCUACGAGAUCAGGAAUUGGAUAAAUUGAAGAAAUACAAUGGAUAUAGAUGGGAGAAGGUUGCAAAACUGCCAGAAGUUCUUUUCCUCACACUCACACGAUUCCAAAACUUUAACUCGAACAAGAGUAAGGUAGUAGUCAACAUCCCUCCAACGCUAAACCUCCGAGGAGUGGUUGAGCACAGAAUGCCAACUCCAAAGGAAACUAAGUACCGCAUAGUGGGGCUUGUCAGCCAUCUUGGUCCGACGCUGAAAGAGGGUCAUUAUAUUACCCAGACGUACUCGACGGAAGAAGGAUGGAUGGUAUUCAACAACGAGGAGGUGAAGAGAACGAACCUAGACGCCAUCAUCGACGAUCAAAAGAAGACGGUAAGAAAGGGGUUCACCCCUUAUCUUGUCAUGUAUGAGAAGAUACCCAUCCACGAGUUCGACGUCGUCGACGAAGCAGAAUCAAAUCACGAUGCUGGCGAUGGAGCAGAACAUAACCGUGAUUUCGGCAAUUUCGGAGCUCCGGUUGCUUCAAUUGAAGGACGCCCGACGCGGAAGACACCAAACGAACCAGAAAGUCUUCUUGAGAUCGCUGCGACAAGCGUUCCUGGACCUGAUGAGGCAUACCUGACCGUCAAAGCCGAGAUCAACAAUACCGUCAUUGAGUUCCCAACCUUUGUGCUCAAAGGUCAUGCAAACUCAAACCUUCGACUUAGUAAGAUCCGAUUGGGACUGUUCGACGCGAAAUCCAACGUUCACCUUGACGCGAGACAGAAAUGGAACUUUUCCGGCAGUUCCAGCGGUUCUUCGAAAAGGACUUCUGACCAGUCUCUAGAGAAUGACAAUGAUGGUGAUAAUGCCGAGUUCCCAGCAAAACGCACCCGAGGGAAUAGUUCCACGACGAGGGGAAGAGUGAGCAGAGGAGGAGGUAUUCUAGCUGGUGAUACAUCCCCGGCCACAAGACCUCAUCCCCCAACUACACAUCGUGCCACAACACUAGCCACAGACAACGGAAACAAAACCCCAACCACAGACCAUAGAGAUGAUUCCAGCCCUCUUACACCCUAUCAUCCGACCUCACCACCAGGAAGUCCUGGCCCAACACAUACACCGAUAUCUCCAUCACCAUCCUUUUCCGACCCCCCCUCAAUCGUGAACCCUUACUUGACUGAGAACGCGACAAACCCGACCCAUGAUGCAGGUGACGUGCAAGGCCAUCGCGACAUCUCCCAGGGCACUAGCGGUCCGAACGUCACCGUCGCAUCAUCUGCACUCGAUGCGCAUGGAGCACAAGCUCCAGCCGGACUUUGGGGCGAUGGGCAGAUGGAGGACGACACAGACCCGUUCGCAACGACAUGGGAGCACUUACGACUAUCACCGACUAGAAGACCGCUCUACUCGCCGGGCAAUUCGCUGUUUGUGAAUUUCAGCAACAGCCCGCGCUACUGGGAGUCCACUUUCGGGCUUGAUAGUCCACGCGUCGGCGACAUGCAUUCUUUCCACCAACGCAAGCGGAGGCGCAUGUCCUACGACAGCCAUGGCGACGCAGACAAUGAGUUGAUGAUGGAGUCGAGUCCGUCAUCUGCGUCCUCGGAGUUCGGCUAUGGCAGCGGGAGAUAUCACAACGACAGUCCCGUUAGGCCCGCCGCCCGGCCCUUGUAUCUCUCCCCGGGCAUGGAACCGCAUGAGUUGGUGGAUCCGCGGGACUUUUAUUACACCGACGAUGAGGAACGUGGUAUUAUCCUGGGCAUAGAUGAGGACGACAUGGAUAUGGGGAUGCGAUGCGGCAUUGGUCCUGAGUCGGUGCCGAGGCAUUGGCGUGGUUAUCUGUGA